AUUGACUAUCGCUGGGCGCACUUCAGACGCAGCCCAUCGAGCACUCCGUAUAAGAUGUGAUUCUGAACGUCGUACGACUCUCGACUGUGGUGGAUAUAGCAUGAUUCCUGGGAAGAACUGGCGCUCCGCCCUCACUGGUGCUAGUGGUGGUGGUAGUGGCAGUCGUGGUGUUGGUGCUGCAGGUGGUAAUAGCACCGGACCUGGCAAUGGUCAGCUGGUCUCCAAAAAUGGCCGCCCUACACUUCGGAUGCACCGCCUUCCCGGCUCACUGAGAGCCUUCGUCUGCAACUUCUUGUGGCCGCUACUGUGUCUCGCCUUGGGAACAGGUGCCACCGGCGGGGUCAAGGCGGUGCCUCUCGGCGACAUGGAGAGGAACGGCAAAGUCAAGGUGCACGGCGGCGUCGACGACGGCUCGGCCGCGUCCUCGCCCCUGUCGCCGGUGGCGGCCAGUAGCGGCGCCGCCUCGUCGACCGACAUGGGGGACAUGAUGACGCGCGUCUACGCCUGGAGGUUCGUGCAACUAACGCUCUUCAUCCUCUACUCCAUGACGAACGCCUUCCAGUGGAUAGAGUAUUCCAUCAUCACCAACCUCGUUAUGAAAUACUACAACAUAGAUGAGCUCACAGUGAACUGGACAGCUGUGGUGUACAUGGUGACCUACAUACCACUUAUCUUCCCUGCUUCCUGGCUGCUUGAACGACGAGGUCUUCGAUUUGUUGUUAUCCUAGGAGCGCUUGGGACUUGUGCUGGCUCAUGGAUCAAGGUACUGAGUGUGGAGCGUGACCGCUUUGUGGUGUGCCUCGUGGGCCAGACCGUCGUAGCCGUGUCGCAAAUCUUCAUCUUGAGCAUCCCACCACGCCUUGCAGCCGUCUGGUUCAGUGCGCAGGAGGUUUCUCGAGCAUGCUCCUUUGGAGUCUUCGGCAACCAGUUGGGAAUUGCACUGGGCUUCCUGAUUCCUCCCCAAGUGGUAACUGGGUCUCCAGAUACCGCCGACGGCCUGGAGGAGAUUGGCCGUGGCUUGACCUUUCUAUGCUAUGGGGUCGCCAUUUUCAGCAGUGUUGUGCUUAUCGGCAUCCUGUUUGGUUUUCGUGACAAACCACCUCGUCCACCAAGCAGAGCACAAGUGUCCAGGGAACAGGCCGACCCAACAGGGUACUGGCACUCCAUGCGGAACCUGCUGCGCAAUGCCAACUACAUGCUGUUGCUGAUCACAUAUG